AGCCAUACCUGUGAGAACUCACACCCACACACUCACUCCUCAAAGAGAUAUAGACCAGUUCAAGUAGUAGAUCCAAUCCAUCUAUCCACAACAUGCUCCAAUCAUUUCUGUCCUCAGCCAAAAUUUUGCAUGAUUUGUUUAUGACAUGACAUUCAUGUCACCCAGAUCCAGCAGGUUAGCAUUCAUCCUUCUGAGUUUGUUUAUUCAUUGUUUAGCAAUAUAUCUCAAAAUGUUAUGAACAGAUUAUUUUUAAAAUUUUACUAGAGGCGUGUCUAAGACUAACAUAGAUUCCGGAUCAUGAUCUGGAUCUAAAAUUUUUUAAAAUCAUUGCAUCACUUACUCCUAUUGCCAAGGCAAUAAGGGUUACUAUUAUCAUUAUCAUUACCUUUAUUACCUCCGCCAAGGAGGUUAUGUUUAUGGACAUAUCCAGUGUAUUUGAGAAAGAGGUGCUUUUAAUGUAAUUCUUCAGGUGUGAAUAUUUUUAUUGUACAAGUGACUCUAUUGCCCUGGCAGAGGCAUGCACUCUUUGAGUGCUUUUGGUUCUAAAAUGUUUUUUGGCAUUUUCUGUUUGGCAGAAAUUCAGUUACUGGGUUGAAAUCGCAUUGCAUUUUUUUUAGAGAGAUUAAUAUAAUUGGUCUCAUUAAGGUGUGGAUGUUAUCUGAAUUAUCUAUGUAUUUUCAAAAUCCAAAUUUUAAUUAAAAAAAGGACUACCAGAAUUACAGGUCGAAUCUAGAAAUCAAAGAUGGAUGUGAAAUUAGACUAAAAUGCUGCUGACAGCAUUAAAAUGAUCAUGACCUCUCAUGUUUUUUAUAUUUGAAAUGUUUCAAAAUCUGUAGACUUUUUGCAAAGAAUACAAAUUACUCUUCAAAUUCAAAAGUGCACUAACAAGAGUAAGACAGACAUACAGCUGAAGCUAUCUUCUGAAUUUUACUUGCUAAUCUAGCUACUAUUACACAUAAAUAUCACUAACUGGAGAUUGAUCCUCCUCCUCUGCAAGUUUCUUUUUGGUACCUCUUGGGAUAGAAUCUGUCAGAUGUGCCUUACUAUAUAAAUAAUGUUCUCAUUUGUUGCAAUUUUUUUUCCUUUCUCCAGUCUUACAUUUCAUUUACAUCUAAAAAUGUGUUAACAACAUGCUGUCAGGGAUGGCAUGUAUGUACAUCUGUGUGUUUUCACACACAGAUGGCUCCACAAGUACUUUGUCACCAAUGAGCCAAUUGUGAGAACUACCUGUCUCACCUGUUUAUCCUUUUCCUUGAUUUUCAAUCAUAUUUUCAGGGUAAUUUAUAUUGCUGUUAGCAAUGUCAAUAGCAAUAUAGUAAUUAUGAUGUUUAUGAUAAAAAUAACAGUAUCAAUAUUGAUAGCUUUAGGAAAAAAAAAAAAAAAAAGUUUUCCCACAAACCCAAGGAACGGUGAAAUCAGGUGAGGUCAUAAAGGUCUGCUAAUUGACUCCUUUGUGGAUAAGCACUGGCAGAGCCAUCUAUGUGUAGAGACAUUUGACAGAAUAGUACUACAGUGAACACAAAAUCUUCCUGGGAGCAUUGAUUAAUUAUUAUGAUUCACGUUCUUAUAUAAUCCAUGCCAUACCUCUCGACUGUUUUUAUUUCGAGUUUGUGAUUUCAACUGAAACAUAUGCUAACUGAACUACACAAGUCACAAAUUAAAACAGUAACUUUUUUCUGUAUUAAGCAAAAUAACUUAGGAAACACAUAAAGGCUUUUUCACAUCUUUUAUGCUUUCUGGCUUAAGCAGAUUAUAGUUUUUAACUACCUAAAAAAACUGUUCCAUUACUGUACCGCUAUGUUCUGACAAGUAAAGUUUAAUGUUACAAAACUAUAGAACUACACUACUAUAACCAAUUUAUUUAUGGGAUAUACACUGUGUAUAGGAGUACAAAAAUAAUAACAUGCAUUGAAAAAAUACUCCAAGAAACUGUGGUAUGCACAUUUUCUAUUCAGAAAAAUUCAUAUUCUGUGUAAGUUGCUAUACAGUAUAAAUUCUGUGGUAUAUAUAUAUAUGUCAAUAAAAUGCUAUGAUUAUU